ACACGGUUGACUUUCGAGGUGGACACCGAACCUCCCGCCCACCGGCGUGACACUGCUGUGGCCGAGCUGGCGGCCCGGCACGGCGUGGAGGUGAUCCAGGAGGUGUCCCACACCCUCUACGACACCGAGAGGUGGGGCCGGACAGGCUACCCCUUCAUCGACGCCAUCAUGACCCAGCUGCGCACCGAGGGCUGGAUCCACCACCUUGCUCGGCACGCUGUUGCCUGCUUCCUCACCCGCGGGGACCUCUGGGUCUCCUGGGAAGAAGGGCUGAAGGUCUUUGAGGAGCUCCUGCUGGACGCUGACUGGUCCCUCAAUGCCGGCAACUGGCUGUGGCUGUCAGGCAGCGCCUUCUUCCACCGAUAUUUCCACGUCUACUCGCCCAUCGCCUUCGGCAAGAAGACGGACCGGGACGGGGCGUACAUUCGGGGUGGCCUCCCUGGUGGCUUUGACCCCUCCCCGUAACGGGCCGUGCAGGAGCAGGCGGGCUGCCUGGUGGGCACCCACUACCCCCGGCCCAUCGUGGAGCACGGGGCAGCGAGCAAGAGGAACCUGGGGCGCAUGAAGGCAGCCCGUGCCCAGAAAG